AUGCGUGGACAAUUCAAAAAUCAACGUAAAGCGGGCAUUCGAAGAGGGAGGGACUGGGCCCUUGUUCGCCGUGUGGGCACGCAGAAUGCGGCCUAUUCUAUACCCAUGGCGAUACUGGAAAACGAUUUCAGAGUUGAGAUCUUGGGUGGACUUCUCGGUGACUUGUACAACAUCUACCCACUCCAGGUCAAGACAGACGAUGUUGGCCACUGUGGCGUGUCCAGGAACAGGCUCUACAUCAUCCUGGUGUCCAAGGAGUGUCAGCAAAUCACAGACCCCGUGCAACUGUAUAACUCUGUAGCAGAGAGAAAUCGCAGUAUGUUCUCCACGGAGCCCAAAGAUUACCUCCUUGCUCCUGAGUUCGAAGUCCAGUGUGAGGCCUUCGAGACCGCCCGUGUGCGGGGAAUGACGUUCCGCUCAAACGAGUCCAGUCUGAGCUACCUCUUGAAUCCUAGAGAACGGGAUGCCGUGCAGACGCUGGACGACAUGUACAGGUCGAGAUUUCGGGAAGAUCCACGAAGCAAUUCCAACCUCGUCUACUUCCUAGGCCACUCGGCCAUGGUGCCGAUGGUUCCUGCCAGUGCCAGUGCCGGUGCACUUGUGCCAGCCAGCGGAGGAGCCCCAAUGUCAGCUCCAGCACCUCCGGACGUUUCCGAUUCGGCUGGCCCCAAGCGAAGGAGGAAAGCAAAGCAGGAGGAGAAGCAGGCAAUCUACGCACGGACCUGGGGGGACGUUGAUUACGUUCUGAAGAGGCUGCUCACCAAGUCCGGAGGUGACCAUGCGAACAAGAGCUACUUGGAGCAGAUCGGCAACAGGGACAUCCUGGGCUGCAUGGCGUUUUGGUACUGGGGAAAACACCCCCAGGCCCGCUUGGCACCCGCUGAGAAGGAGGACGUGGAUGCCACGGCCCUAGACCUGUUGCAGGAGUACACACGACGACAGCGUCCGGGGGACCUUUUGACCUCGGACACCAUCCACUGCAUUUGCACGGCGAUUUUCUCGGGGCAGGACAGCUACCGUGUGACCAGAGACCGAAACCAGUACUUCCUUGGCAACUCGCAGCACGAGAUUGACGUGACAAGUCGGCUUCCGGAUCCCUACAACACAAGGUAUAUCCUGCGAGUCAACCGACAAGGCGCUGAUCGCCUCUCACCGAACGUGCUGUGGUGCGACGGUUUCCUGCCACCGGUCUGCAACCUGCAUCAGGAACCCUGCACUGUGCUGGCGAAGCCACAGAUGAAAGCACUGUUGAGUGCCCGGGCGAGGGCGUUCCACCUCCAAGAGGGGGGUUCGUUGUCAGACGGCCUCUCGGAUGCUAGUGGGCUGCCACCGCCGGCUCCGCUGCCGGAGCCAACUCCGGUUCGCCCGUCGGCAAACCCGCCGGAUGUGACACCACCACCUCACAUGCUUUCGGGCACAGCGGGGGUCUCUUUGCUGCCGGGCAUGGUUGCAGUAGGACCUCAGCCACCCAUGUUGACGACUCCGACUCCCGGACAGCCGAGCAAUGCUUCCGAAAUUCGGGUCAGGAUUGCCUGGCGUCGUGCCGCAGACGGUCCCGCCACAAGAGCUGGCCUCACCACUGACGGUGCUCCGGAGAGCAGUGAUGAGGAGGACGAGGCCUACUCCCUGGCGUUCACAGAUGCCGGGUGGAAGCUGAAGGACAACAGCACGGGCAUGGUCGCCGACCUGGCCGGGCGAGCCGCAGGUGGGGCGGAUGAUUGGGUGCUAGGCCAAGACCAGAAGGACGGCAGCAAGCACUUCAAUGAGUACUUCGUUGCGUCGGCAUCAAAGCAGUGCAAGCCCAUGUGGGUCAACCGCUUAUCCUCGGCUUAUUCCCAGGCUUAUCCUCGGCUUAUCCUCGGCUUAUUCCCAGGCUUAUCCUCGGCUUAUCCUCGGCUUAUUCCCAGGUGUUUUCCAAGACCUGUCACAGCCAUGUCGCAGAACUCGCCCGUGGCAAGCAGUCGUGGAUCCCCAGCAAAAUCAGAUGCCUCGACGCUCGUGCUGGGUGACCACUUGGUUGCAGGGCAGUUGCCUGAGGAUGUGGCAGUGGCAGGGACGGAGCAGGUGAUUCUCGGCACAGACCGUCAGGGGUUCACUACGCCGGAUCGCAAAUGUGGGCCGACACCGUUUUCUACACCGGAUCUCAAAAGUGGAUUGACGCCACUCAUGAAGGACUUGAGUAUGGGCACACCCUCUCCCCGCGGGCUGAAGCGUGGUCUGGUCACUACACCCGAGACGACAAAGCCUCCAACCACUCCAGUCCCAGUCAAGAGACAACGGCGCGAAGCGCAGACCUUGUUGGACUCGCUCCUUACACCCUUGCAGAAGCGCUUGGCAGAUGCAGAGCAAGUCGCCCGGUCCCAGAUGGAGUUCGGAAAGGUUCUGCCGACCAAGCCAGAGACAGAGAUCGACGAGGGCAAUCCUGACGAAGUUACCGACGACACCAAGACGGAGGAGGGCAAGACUGAGAAGGGCAGUCGGCACUCUUUACAUCACAGCUCGCUCGUCGGAAAACGAAGCCUUGUCACGAUCAAGCACCGUGUUUCCAUUUGCACUGCGCCGACCGAUCAAGCAACGCCCGGUGCAGCCGCUGCGCCAGUGAAGGAACAGGCGGUUCCGCCAAGCGACACAGCGUCGGGCGACAGAACGAAUCUGCUGGUAUCAGACAGUGAAUCUGGGUCUCCACUUGAUCUUAGUGGGCCUCCACGGGGUCCUCCUCAUCCGGGCCCGACCGAAUUAGAGGCCCGUAUUGCCACAGCCGUGGCUGAUGCCAUCGGGUACACCCGCCUCAUACAGGUCAGGCUGCUGCCAAAUCUGCCGCCGCAGGACGUGCAGCCAGGACUCAUUGUCGAGAUCCGUCGGAUGCCUCGGAAUCAGACACACAUCGGAAGCAACAUAGAUUUCGCAGAGGAUCCCACAAGAUUAGAAGAGGAGCGUGAUGCUGCGAUGCUAGCUCGGGUGACAGCUCAGGAAGAGGCCGAAGCCAAGGCUAGGGAGGCAGAGUUUGAGAGAGAGAUUGACGAACUCUUCGGAACGCAGCCGGAGCCCUCGCCCUCUACCAGCGCUGCACCAGCCGAAGCCGAGGCUAGGGACACAGAGGUUGAGAGAGAGAUUGACGAACUCUUCGGAACGCAUCCGGAGCCCUCGCCCUCUACCGGCGCUGCACCAUCAACAGCUGAGUCAUCCAGAGCGGCAUCACCUAGGGACCCAGAAGGCAACCAAGUCCGCAAGACGAAGCACAACCUCAGGCACGUCCAGGUAGCAGAUCAGGAGAAAGUGGGGGUGAAAGCCUACAAGCUUUUGGCCGGAGUCAUCCGCUGCUACUUCGAGCCGGACAGAAAUGCUUUUGUUCGUGCAAAGCAGAGCAUCACGAUGCUCAAAGCAACCAUCCUUUCAACAACUUCGCACGGCCCGUACUUGUCGGGUACGACAUGGUUGGGGAAGCAGGAAGCGGCUGCUCAGUACAUCCGCAAGUACGCUGACGAUCCUGAGAAAUGGGCUGAACUCGCAGACGCGAUGUGGUACGACUUGGGCUAUGAGGUUGAUCCUAGCAACUUGCCGCAGCAAAUCCAGGAAUGGGCGGCUGCCGAUGCCAUCAAGAAGAGAGGCAUUUACAUGCGGGGCAAGGGCUGGUUUGGCCUAACAGAGAGAUGCCUUUCCCUCAGCCGCGAGUGGACAAUCUCUGCGGAGAUCAUGGCAGCUUUGGCUGCCGACCAGACGGACGAGGACUACGAGGAGGCACAGCCUCCUCCGCAAGAAGAGGAGGAUCCAGAGGAGCCUACGACCAGGGCAGAAUUUCAGGUGUGGCGCGGCAAGUUCAAGAACAAUGUCCAGCUGUGCGCUGCUCUUUAUCAAGAUCGGCAUCUCCAGGUGCGAAUCAAGAUGCUUGCGCUCUGCAGCGAGGAUGUGUCCAAAGAGUUCUACAGUAAUCUGGAAGCGCAAAAGCAGGGGCAGGAGAAGCAGCUGGAAUGGACCGCCGCCAGAAGUGCUGGCUCCUGGUUCCGUACCGUCCAGUCCACUUUGAAGAAAAUUCAUUCUACGAAGUUCCUGCAGGCGUGGCUUGUGCUUCUUGAGCUGGCUGCAGCCAGGACCUGGUCGCAGGUAAUGUUCACUUACACCCCGCCAUAUUGUCUGGCGAGUAUCUUUGGUGACGCGGCAGCCGGGCACUGGUCGUUAGAAUGGCUUCAACGUCUCGACGCUGGUCUUGCAGUCGCCCAGCGAAUUCGGAGGACUUCGCCUGACACACCUGUGGCAACGGCUCUGAAGGGGCUGCUGCGCGACUUGUGGUGGCAUGCCACUCCGCUUUCCCUUGAACUUUUACAGUGCGCUCGCGACGCCCAUUUCGACAAGAAUGAUGCGAAUCUGCGCCUCCUCUGCUUUGGUAUGUAUGCCGGCCCCAGUAACACGAAACACAGUGCGGAGGACGUGUUCGCUCAUUUGACUCAUGUUCAGCAACGGUCCCAGAAAGGCCUUCAGAGAAUGUCCAAGCCGCUUGAGUGGAGUCUAAUUGCGGAGUUUUUUUAUUUUCACAAAGCUUGA